UGUGUAUUGAUGUUUAUGAAUGAUUUAGUUGAGCUAAUAAUCGACUGCUCCCUGGUGGACAAAAGUUAUACAAUAACAAAAUUCCACUUGGAUUGUAAACUUCCUCAAUCCACAGAAACCAAUGUAAGCACUGUAGCGGUGUGCUAUCAGUUGCGUAAAUACUUAAAUAGGUUUUUAUUGGCACAGAUAAACUGGUCUCUGGUCACAUUGCUGAUUUUGUGGGAGAGCUGCUUCUCUGAGAGUGAAGAGGAACGCAGUCUGUCAUGGACACACAGCUUGGAACUCAAAGACUCCCUCGUUGAUAUGUACAAAGCUAAUCCUAAAGUCAAUGAGGAGCUGAAACAAAGACUGCCCUCCCCAGUAAGGCACCAACGCUCAGAGACCACGCUGCCACAACUUGGAAGUACUGACUUGGGAGCCAUUUUGGGCACAACAUCAAAUCAACUUGUACUAGAGGUACCUGACAAAGACUGGCCACAAGUCCCCCAGUAUUUUAGACCCAUAGAGGAAGAGAGUCGGACAUCCAGAUCUCCAUCACCUCAGGCCCACCACAGGAGAUCUCCCUCACCCCAGGCCCACCGCAGGAGAUCUCCAUCACCUCAGGCCCACCACAGGGCUCCAGACACAGGCAGGAGGAUGGAGGAGGAGAGGACCUCCAGCCGGAGCCCAUUCACCCAGGACGGCUACAGGUCAGAGGGUCACAGCCAGGGGUCGAACGGCAGUCCUCCAGUCUACAGAAGACACCUCGUCCCUCCAGACUCCAGCCAAGCUCUCCAAUCAAGUAUAAAAGAAGACCAAGGAAACAUUAAAGUUAGCAGUAGUUCCUUUGACUCCAAAAAGCAAAGCCUCGUCCUUGACAAAGAGAAGAAUAUUGCCUUCCUGCUGAAGGAGCUGGAUUCACUCAGAGAGCUCAAUAAGAAGCUCCAGGACAAGUUGGCCGUGAGGGAGAAGGAGUUAGAGAGCAGGCUGGUGGACGCUGAGCUGAUGCAGACUCAACUGGAUGCCCGGGCCUGUGAGAAGGCUGGAGCCCUAGUGGAGGAGAUAUACCAGGCUCAGAGGGAUAGGGACCAGGCAGUGAUGGCCCGGUUGCGUCUGGCAAAUGAAGAGAGGGAUGAGGCCCUGCUCAGGGCCAAGCGACUGCAGCAGGCAGUGGCUGACCUGGAGAAUAUUAACCCUGAGGAAAGCGACGCGGACCUUGAGGAACUGCUGAACAGGGUGAACAGUGCAGAUUCAGCGCUGGGGAUUGAGCGGAGCGGGGGGGUGAUCGUGGACCGGCUGCAGAAGGUCCGGGAGAGAAGGAGGAAGAUUACAGCAGAGGAGAUGAAUGCUGUUAUAGAGGAGAGAGAGACGGCACUGGCCAGGUGCAAGCGGCUGGAGCAGGAUCUCCUACAGGCGAGAGAGCAGAGCCAGACUUCAGCAAACAACUUGAGACACCUGACUGCCGAAAACAAUCAAGAGCGUUCUCGGAAGUGUUACCAGGAGGACGUAGAGGCGGUCCAGAGAGAGAGAGACAGGGCCCUGGAGCACAUUCAACGGCUGGAGGAGGAAAUGCAAACACUGCGAACGUACCACAGCUUGCACCAAGCCCAGUGUGAGUUAGGGGCCACCAGUCAGAAAGAGCAAGGGGCCUCAUAUCUCAGCUCUCCAUCCCAGACCCUCCAGACCAAGCCCCUCCAGCCCAGGGAAGCCCCCUCUGGUCUGGUCAGUCCCCCCCACCAGCAGCCCCUCCUGGCUCAGCUCCAGAGAAUGGCCUCAGAGCACCAGAACACCCAGGCCCAGCUACAACACUCCCAAGAGACAGCGAGGGAGGCCAACGAGAAAGUACAGAAGUUGGAGCGGCUGGUGGAGGUGCUGAGGAAGAAGGUGGGGACAGGCAGCGUCCGGACAGUCAUCUGACUGAGACUACGUCGGGGGAAGCAACAGUGAGUCCACUCAGUUCCUGGCUCUGUCCUGAAUGGCACCCUAUACCCUAUAAAGUGCACUACUUUUGACCAGUGCCCUACAUCCCUAUAGGCCAAAAAAUAGUGAAGGCAAUAGGGUGCCAUUUGUGAUGCAGCCCCUGUCUGCUCUGCCCGAACUGGAGCAGCCUGAGCGACUGUCCAGUCGAACGGCCACAUCUGGUGUCCAGGCUGCCUCCCUGCCUGCCCAGACCCGGGCUGUUGUGUUUAACGCUGUGUAAACACACCCAAGCCUUAACUGGGCAAACAGUUGUAAGAAGUGCAGCACUCCAAAGCCUCAUUCCAGGCUGGGCUCAAACUGAAUCGUAAACUGUUUAACCACUUGGGUUGUUGGUUUGUUGCUGCCCACUCUCUUUUUCCCUCUUUCUUUCUUUAAAUUCUACAUUUUACCUUACUAAAAAUCACGUUACAUUUGUUUUGUCAUCAACUAAAUUGUGUGUUGCUGUUUGUGUUGCUGCCUAUCUCUGUUACAAGGGAGAUGCCUAUGUGCCUUACUUUUAUUGAUAAAAUAUGUAUUCUCUUUGAUAUCCCAGAUCAAUACAGUGUCCUGACAUAUACAGUAUUUCAUUGAAAAGGUUAGUGCUGUAUUGUAAAGGUUGCUGGUGCUGCCUGGAUUCGGCGUCGAUGCUGCCAAAUAACGUGAUUUAUAUAGUCAACUCCAUGAUGCUCUCAAAUCAAAUCAGUCAUGGCAUUUAUGAUUUGAAGAACAUCACCUGUCAACUUCCUGUAUUCUUGCAUCUGUUGUAUUAUAAAGUUAGUAUUGCUGUGAUAGUUUAUGGACAUUUUAUGGUGUGAGUAUUGUAUGAAAUAAAACAUAUAAACAACUGAUAAAAA